AUAGAUAAUAUUAUAGAUGCCUCCGAUCGACACAACAUUGGCAUACAAUAUUUCUUGAAAUUCUUCAAUAACUGAUACGUGCCGAAGAGAACUACAAAUUGAUCCGAAUAUGGCAGCUAUACCGCUAAUGUACGCGCAAGAAGAUUGUGAACUUGGUGGAAAAGAAUCAAUGGAGGACGAUUUUGCAUAUCGCAACAAUGUAAUGAAUGCAGAUAAGGAAAUUAGAUUGGGAUUCAUCCGUAAGGUUUACGGUCUUCUUGCAAUCCAACUUCUUGCUACAUUGGCAAUUUCCACUGUGUUCUUGCAAGUGUCUCCAGUGAAGAGUUUUAUUCAUGAGAAUGAUUGGAUGGUAUUUAUCGCAUUUAUACUGAGCAUUGGAACUCUUUUGGCUCUGAUUGUGAAAAGACGUGACAGCCCUGCAAAUCUGUACCUCCUUGCUGCAUUUACUGUGGUGCAAUCCUACACAGUGGGUGUUAUUGUGUCAUUCUAUGAUACCUUUGUAGUACUGCAAGCAUUGGCUCUCACCUUCACUGUGGUAUUCUCUCUGACACUGUACACCCUCAACACCAAACGUGAUUUCUCAUUUAUGGGUUAUGGCCUCGUAGCUGGACUUAGCGUACUCAUUAUCGGCGGCUUGCUUCAAGUCUUUAUCCAGAGUUCCGGAUUUGAGCUACUCUUGGCGUUCGGUGGGGCUAUCCUGUUCAGCCUGUUUCUGAUCUUCGACACGCAGCAGAUGAUGACCAACCUCUCGCCAGAGGAGUAUAUUCUGGCGACUAUUAAUUUAUACAUGGAUAUUAUCAACUUAUUCUUACACAUUCUUCGCAUUCUUAAUGAAUUAAACCGUAAUUAAGCAACCGUAGUCAUAGCUUUGAGCUAUAAUAUAGAAUAUAUCCUUUUAUCUAUAUGUAUUACAAUUCUUUAAAUUGCACUUAAGUAAUUUUCAAACCUAUGAUAAAUAGAUGGAAAGUUGUUGAGGUGUCUCUACUUAAAAAAAUUUUUAAAUACAUUAAGAAACUAUAACACUCACUGCUCGGCAAUAUAGUAAUAUAAUUUAAUAGAUGAUAUAAUAAUAUAACAAAUCAAAAAAGCGAAGGAGCGACUAAUGAAAUGCUUAGAUUUGCAGCACGGGGCGUGUAAGGCUGUUCCGUAAAUUGUAUCACGGGGAGUCUUCCGGUUUUCUUCUGGUGCUUUAUUUCAUGGGAAAUUACCUACCGUGAAGCAAAGAGGAUCGAGUAUUAUAGAGAGUUACUGUCGAAGUAAAAUGUGUAAUCACAGUGCAUAGACUGCCAUCUCUUGACACAGGCUUGA